UAUAUAGAUUUAUUUAGUAUUACAAAAUUACAAAUAGAAUUCAUUACUGUAGUAAAUAUUUAACUUGCUAAGAUCAGAAACAUAGUGUUAAGUUUUGCUUGUGUAUGAAAAAAAUACGACUUUUAUCUACUGACAAUCUUUUACAAUGGAGCAAAAUACAGAUGACUAUUGUGAUAUUACUUCACAAUUAGAUGCAAGGGAAAUAUUGAGGUAUUUAAAUAACUUAGGGAUACGUAAUAUUAAUGGAGAAGUUCUAAAAUAUUUCAUAACUGAUCUCAAAAAGCUCAUAAAAUAUGAUCUUCAACACACAAGUGAAGAUCAUAGUGAAAAAACACACAGAACUGAAAGUGUUGGCGUAGAGAGGUUGCACAGUGCAAGUACAUUUUCAUCUAGAACUAGAUCCAAAGCUCCCUUUGCAAGUUGCCCUAAAGAGUGUCAAAGACCAAGGAGAGUAACAAACUUGCGUAACAUACAUUCCGCACCUAAUAUUGGUCAACAAUUAGAAGAAAUCAAAACUUCCAGAAGAUCAUGUUCAUGUGUAAGAAUUGAAAAAAAGAUUGAAAUACCUAAAGGAAUACCUAAAACAACUGUUAGUAGUAAUUUGAUUAAAGUUCCCAAGCAGCAAAUAAAAAAAAAAAGUGAUCCUGUUUCACUAUAUCAUUAUUACAUGUCACUAUGGGAAAAGUACAAACCAAAUGUGCCAGGAGAAAAUAACUGGGCUGAUCUAAGAUGGAACAUCCGUCAGAAAAUGGUGGGAAAUUCUCCAUCACAAACUUCAAACAAAGUACAAGAGAAACAAGACACAUUUAAAAAGAAAAAAAACCCCAUGUGAUAUUCAAUAUAAUGAUAAUAGCAUAAAAUGAUGUUCCUAUAAAAUCAAUAACUAAUUAUAUUUUUAUAAUUCUGGAAAAUGUUAAUAAAAGAUGAUGAGAUCU